AUGGCUGAGACAUAUGAAGUCUUCGGACAGAUGAAGAUGGGCCCGUGCCAAGCCCCUCCCCAGGAGUUGGAGGGCAAGACAGCGAGAAUCAAAUGUGCCGAUGGAGAAGUCUUGGAAGUACCGGCAGAGGCCCUCGCCUUAUCCUUCAGAGCGAAGAAGGAUCUCCUUGAGAAAGGCUGUGAUCAAGACUUCGAGGUCCCGUUGGGGAAGGGCGUGGUGGUGAAGCUUAUGGAGUACCUGAAACAUCACACCACCAACGAGUACAGUGAGAUCCGGACACCACUUGCCAGUGAUCACCUAGUAGACUGCGGCGCUUCGCGCUGGGAUGCGAGCUUUGCCAAUGUGGACAAGGAGAUGCUCUUUGACCUGACCGUUGCGGCCAGCUAUCUUGACAUCCCGGGCCUUUGGUUCCUACUUAGUGCCAAGGCGGCUUUGAUGACAACCAACAAGAGUGCAGACAAGCUCCGGAAGGAGUUCAUGUUGACGAAUGAUUUUCCGGCAACGGAAGAGAAUGACCUUAGACGCAAGUCUGCUGCGGACAUGUCCAGGUUGGCUGCAUCCUCUGUCAUCCGGAACGGUGUGAAAGCAGCAGAGUACAAGGCUGGCAUCAAGCAGAUUGAAGAUGGCACAUCGGCACCAUCUGCGGUUGUGAAUACAUCUAGCUGGAGACAAGCCAUGUGGCGGGCCGCAGUGUUAGAUGAUUGGAAGCUCUUGGAACAUGCCCCGGAGCCAGUGAAGAAUGACCGAGACCUGGUGAAGAGUGCGAUCUUGACAAGCCAAGGAGCGGCCUUGAAGCUUGCUUCUUCGGAGAUGCGGGCAGACGAAGCUCUAGUGCUCGAGGCCACGAAGUACUUCGGCACUGCCUUUGCGCAUGCGGAUCCGGAGCUGCGAAACAACAAGGAUUUCCUUUUGAAGGCUUUGGGCGUCCAUGGUGGUGCCAUGACCGGAGCUCCCGAUGCCUUGCGGAGGGACAAGUCCUUCAUGCUGGAGGCUGCCAAGGUUGGCAAGGGUAACGCCCUACAGGGGGCCACCGUGGAUUUGAGAGACGACCGCAACUUGAUCCUUGAGAUGGCCGUGCACGAUGCAGAGGCUUACAAGCAUGCAUCAGAGGACUUGCUCAAUGACAAGGACUUUGCAGUCGCAGUGGCCAAGCGCAAUGGCAAGGCACUAAAGUUCAUGAUCCCUGCUUUCCGAGCAGACCCAGAUGUGGUGCGGGCUGCCAUCGCCAGAGAUCCGCAAGCCGCGCAGUAUGCUCAUGCAUCGAGACGUUCAGAGUUAGGCAUGAUCCAAGAGGGCGUGCUUGGAGAAGUGCAAAUGCAAGCAGAGCUAGAAAGCCAGUUGAAGGCAGCACAAGAAGAGGCUGCAGCGACCCUGACGCUUGCCACAGUGGCUCCUCCUCGGCAGGUGCCUUUCCAAGCUCUUCCGGAAAGGCCUAAGUACACUUGUAUGAGGCUUCAAAAGACGGUUGACUUUACGGCACAGAGUGUGAUGACGGCGAACAUGGGGCAGUCAAACUACAUCGCAGCUAAUUCAUACUUGGACAGGAUGCCUGGUCUUCGACGUCCCGAAAUUGAUGCCGUUGGCCUCAUGUGGGGUGCCGUCGGGGGCAUCGGAAUGCGCUGGAAAGCCUUCGCCUCGGAGGAUUUCCUGAACGCUACGCCGGAGCUGUUGCUAACCAUCGAGGACUCAUGCAAGGUCUUGUGGGUUGCGGCGUGCACCCUCUUCCCGCCCGAAUGGUUCAAUGCAUCCCACAUGGCUGACCAGCGGCCGUACUUCCUGACAAAAACCGCGGGUACUAUACCAUUGGACAUCUCGACCGACUCGGCAGCAGCCCAGGUCCAAGAUGUAGAGGCAGACAGGCGAGCCCUCCAGGACUUGACCGACGUAGACCGACGUCCACUCCCUGGAAACAACUCGGCUCCUUUGGGAGGCUGGCCCAACCUCGUGUCGGCACACGAAGGUGCCAAAAUCAGACUCACGGGGCUGCGUGCCAAGAACGGCAUGACCGGCACACUGCUCCAGCGCUGCGACAAUGGCGCUUGGAAGGUGCAGCUGGACGAUGGCUCGAACAAUGCUUUGCUAAGACCAAAUAACUUCGAAGUGAUCGAAGCUGCCAAGGUGGAGGCCUCGCAGAAGUUUCAAAGGCACUUCCCAGAGACGCAGGAGCUACAGGCCUACAACGCAGCAGCAGCGGCUGAGCGACAAUGCAAGAUCGAGGAGAAGCGGUCCAAGCUGAAGGAGAAGAUCGCAGCGAAGCGCCAGGCCAUUCUCGCCUCGGCCGUGCAUGCGGCCUGA